CUUUCAAAGCACACAAUGUGACAGUUGGUUCGAAGAAGUUCAAAAGCGUGUUAGGAGCCUUUCAGCAAGUGCAAGUUAGUGUGGAUCAGGAUAUUUUCAUACAAUGAAUAAACUCAAGGUGAGCUCGCCGUUGCUGUUUCUGGGCACCACUGCACUGGUUUUGUGCUUAGUGCAGAUCAUCAGUGGUCUCCAAGAUUGUGAAUUCUGCAGCGGUGCGAGAUUAUGCACCGAUCAGCUGGAUGAAAGCCGUUUCUACUCGGAUAGACGCGUGGAUCGAUUGGAUCAAGAUCAGGAAAAACGUCUGUUAUUGUUCAACCGGGAGAACGAGCGCAAUGUGAGAGGAUCAGACAGGCGUGGACUUGACCGCAUGGAACAACGGGGAAAUGAUCGUCGGGAGGAUGAGCGUCGGGAGGAUGAGCGUCGCGAGAAGCGGAUGCCUGUUGAACGCGCCGAACGAGAGCAGCGUGAACAGGAUAGACAGUUGGAUGAAGCUCGUGACCGUCAUGAAGAUCGACGGGAAAGGCAAGACAAUCGUGAAAUGGAUCGCAGAAGCGAACGUGCCGAGGAACGAAGAGUGUCUCGUGAGCAAUUAGAUCGGCAACGAGAUAACUCUCGUCGUGAACGUUCGAUUGAUCGACGUAAUGACGAUGACGGACGUGAACGUCGCCAAUCGUCGGAUGAACGACGCGAUGUUGAAGAACGUCGUCAAGAAAGAGAUCUUGACCGCCGUGACCGACGUUCAGAAGAUAGGAUGGAACAAGAAAAUCGGGAUCGACGUGAGCGAAUGACCAAUCGAGCAGCCCGAAAUGAUCGCGAUGAAACUCGUCGUGUGGAUAGACGUGAAAACGAACGCGUUGAACGCGAUGUUGACCGUAACGAGCGAGAUAUUAUGAGUCGUCGCCAGAGGAAUGAUUCAAAUGAACGUGAGCAGGAACGGAGAGUUAGGGAGGCGCGUCGCGAGGAACGUGAUCAUGAUGGAGGACGCCUUUCGCUAGAACGUGCUCGCCGAGAAUCUCAUGAAGACCGCGUGGACAAUCGCCGCGAAUCCCGUGAAGACCGCAUGGAAAAUCGCCGUGAAUCCCGUGAAGAUCGCAUCGACCAUCGUCGGGAGCGAGUUGGCGAUGCAAGCCGAACCACUUUAGAUCGCGCUGACAGAUUAGUCACAGACAACACCGAACCGGAAAUCACCACCCAGCAGGCAUCCGUUCUGUGGAAUCUAGUACAGGGAGCUUUAAUUGCUUUUAUCGGAAUUCAAUUAGUUAAGAAGCAUGAACGCAAUGGAGAUUUGAAGUCUCACAAACUUGGAAAGUUUGUCAACUUCCAAGAUCUCGGCGUUACAGCUCACUAACUCUGUUAAUCAUAUACAGAUUUUCGCUAUGGAAAAUGGCUUCCGCUGGGUCACACCUGAGCACAUCUUAUAAACGCUAAAAUACAGUUUAUUAGCCGGCUUAACUACUAAAGGCAUAUUAUACGUACCUAUACACAUGAUAGUGAUCAUUAAGAAAACCAAAACUAACAUCACACCGAGUCAGUAGAAAGAAUGCGCAACCUCACGAUUUCAGCACGAUACCAUGCGAGCUGUUCGCUUUCCCUAAACACAAGAACGAAGGAUGUCCUCCGUUAACUUUUCUUUACACAACCAGUAGCGAUGAUGCUUCGAUGUCCAAUUCUUAAGAUAUUCAAACCAAUCUUGAACUUAAGCAAGAGUAUCCAUUUACCAUGUAUAUAUCAUUUCAAACAAAAAUGAAUGGCCAAAUCAAGAAAAUGCGUGUGAUAUCGAUAGGUUAAGAACGGGAAGAGACAACGACGACAUGAUAAGAGAAGAUAUAACUUUUAUUUUACAACAUGUUGAUGCUUUUCAGUUUAUAAAUUCCUCACAACCUGUGAGGUGUACAAAUCUCAUUAAGUACACUUAUUCAAACGAUCAAAACUGCUGUUGACAACAACGAACACAGGAACCAAUCUAAGCUAACCACAAAAAGGGAAUCUGUUAUCAUUAUCAUUAUUAUCUUAAUGGCGAUUCAAUAAGCCGUGGAAGUAUAUCAUUGUAAGUACUGAAUUGUAAUCCUCACAAAGCAGUAACAUAACCGGUAGAUGACCAUGUAGAAGGCUUCAAAAUCUAUGUGCACUUUAGUCUAUUAUUGAAAAAGAAAUAUACAUUCUACACAUCUAA